AAUGGCAACCUUGUUUCUUAGAGCAAGUUUUCCUUUUGCUCGGUGCAGUUUGAGUGAAUCACCCGAAGUGUUCGGACAGAGAACCACGUAUCUCCGUUUUUCGCUUAUUUCUGCAAAGUUUUUUCGCGAGCAACCUCUCAAUAACUAACAUCAAAAUGUACGGCAAUCAACAACCAUCGGGUGGAUUCCGUGGAGGAAUGGGCAAUGGUGGCCGUCUGGGCGGUGGAAACGGCGGAGGUUUCCGCGGUGGAGAUCGCUCUAUGGGAGGUCCGCGUGGCGGAAUGGGUGGUGGCAACUUCGGUGGCAAUCGUGGCUCAUUUGACCGUCAGGCCAAUAACGGAGCUACCCUGCGAACACUGCAGUGGAACAGCUCCGACUUGCCUCCGUUUGAGAAGAACUUCUACAAGCCAUCAGAUCAAAUGCAGGGUAUGUCCGAUACGGAGAUUACGCGGUAUCUGACCGAUCUGGAGAUAACAGUUAAAGGCAAAAAUGUACCACGUCCUAGCAUGAGCUUCGAAGACGGUGGUUUGCCCGAAACUAUUAUGGAUGAAGUCUUGAAGCAAGGUUUCGCGAAACCGACCGCGAUUCAAGCGCAAGGAAUGCCAAUUGCACUAACUGGACGUGAUAUGGUCGGUAUUGCUCAGACCGGUUCUGGUAAAACUCUCGCUUACAUUGUUCCGGCGUUGGUGCAUAUUAUGCAUCAGGAUAAAGUACGACGUGGCGACGGACCAAUUGCUCUAAUAUUGGCCCCAACUCGGGAGCUGGCCCAGCAGAUUCAGCAGGUUGCUAAUGACUUUGGACAUCGCAUGAAUGCUAAUAAUACAUGUGUUUUUGGAGGAGCCCCCAAAGGGCCGCAGAUCCGUGAUCUGGAGAGAGGUGCAGAAAUUGUUAUUGCCACGCCGGGACGUUUGAUUGAUUUCCUCGAACGAGGAAUCACUAAUUUGCGUCGAUGCACUUAUCUUGUUCUUGACGAAGCCGAUCGCAUGCUGGACAUGGGCUUCGAGCCUCAAAUACGAAAAAUCAUGGGACAGAUUCGCCCAGAUCGUCAAGUAUUAAUGUGGUCCGCUACAUGGCCCAAAGAGGUUCGUAAUUUGGCGGAGGAAUUUUUGUCUGAAUAUAUCCAGAUAAACAUUGGAUCGCUGAAUCUUUCGGCCAAUCACAACAUUUUGCAAAUUGUGGAUGUUUGUGAAGACUAUGAGAAAGAUCAAAAGUUACUAAAACUACUAACAGAAAUAUCAGCAGAGAAUGAAACCAAGACGAUUGUGUUCGUCGAAACCAAACGUCGCGUGGAUGAUAUCACGCGUAACAUAAACCGAAACGGAUGGAGGGCCGUUUCAAUCCACGGUGACAAAUCCCAACAGGAACGUGAUUACGUCCUAAAUGGGUUCCGAAACGGACGCCAAGGCAUCUUGGUGGCCACCGACGUCGCCGCCCGUGGGCUCGAUGUCGAAGACGUAAAGUUUGUAAUUAAUUACGACUAUCCGUCGAAUUCCGAAGAUUAUGUCCAUCGUAUUGGUAGAACUGGACGUUCUAACAAUACUGGAACAGCGUACACGUUGUUCACUAACGCCAACGCCAACAAAGCUGGAGACCUGAUCAAUGUACUGCGGGAGGCAAAUCAGGUGAUUAACCCAAAACUAGUAGAAAUGUCCAAGUCGGGCAUGAAUGGUCGCGGUGGACGCAACCGAUACGGUAAUCGUUUCGGUGGACAGCAAAAUCGGCCACCACGUGACGGAGGCUAUGGCGGACAGCGUAACGAUGGAGGAAACCGUUUCGGUAAUCGUGAUGGGGGUAAUAAGUUCGGUGGUGGGCCUCGGCGGGACGCUGGCGGGGACAAAUUUGGCUCAAAACCGAAUCAAAAUGGAGGUGGCUUCCCGUCACGGGACCAAGGAAGUCGAAUUCCCAAUGGAUCCGGCCCACCACGACAGAACCGUUUUUCCGCACCUUCGGGAGCCCCGCAAUCUUUCUCUGCCGCUGGAAAUGUGGCUGUCAACGGAUAUAAUAAGGGAAUCUAUCAGGGUACUACAGCUGCCCCGAGUACUGGCGCCGCGCCUGCUACCAACAGUUACACAGCCUACAAACCUUACAGUACUGCACCACCAAGCCAACCUGCAGCCUCUUCUUUUGGUGGAUAUCCUAGAAGCACAGCAGCGAUUCCCUCUUCGUACCAGUUUACUUCCUUGCCACAGGGCAGUCAGUCCUUUGCGUUCCCCCCACCUGUAGCGAUUAACUAAAUCUCUUUACCCCUUUUCACUUACAUUUUACAUUCUCAUUAAUUUUUAUAGACAUCAUCUAACCUAUAGAAGAGACACUGAUUGAUUUAGUAAUUUUAACGGUAAGAGUGAUACAAGUGAAUAGGAAUUAGGAUAAGUAACGUCAUAAUUAUUUAAACACUUGUUGGCAGCAUAAACAAUUACUGCAUUGUAACAAAACUAAGAAAUGAAAAAAUAACAAAUUUUCACAUUCGAAUUAUAAUGUAUCCUUUUUCCCUAGUUUCGUAGUAUUCUCAAUACGAUACGAUGGAUUAUUUAAAUGUGAUAUUUUAACACAUAGCCCAAGUUACAACAAAAAUAUUAAAUUUCACAGGAUUCAUUCUCUAAUUUAUUAUUUACAUACUGAGCGGAGGCUGUUCACCGUGUUGUAAAACAUGGAAAAUAUCUACUGUGAAUUUAAUAGAUGUAUGAUGUGAAUCGUAAGUGAAGGUUGAAAGUGUGAAUCUAUCAAACAAAUUAAAUUUAAAAACAAUACAAAUGCAAAACAGCCAAAAUAUGCCAGCAAUGACACUAGCGGAUUGUUGUAAAAAGGCUAGGGUGUAUGUGUCUUUUUGGACCUUUGAAAUAAAACGGAUGGUUUUGGCGAACUCUUUUAAAGAAACAGAUUACAACUACAGUGUUUUAAUUGCACAUGAUACCAUAUAAUAGUUGGUGUAUUAGCUGGCGCAAUAGUACUAACCAUUUCCUUUUCCAGCACCUAAAAUAACUAUAGUGUUGUCACUAACAGCUUCAAUAUAUGUAAUUUAUUUUACCAGAAUUUCGUUUUGGUGAAAUGAAAGUCGAUAUUUGGAGUAGUUACAGAACAAUAAAAUAAAAAAGCAAGAA